CCCCCGUCAACUUUCGUAUCUAGGGCACCAAGCUACCCUUUUCCUUCCUCCUUCUCUUCUCCAUCUUCCCCCCCCUCUUCAAGUUAAUUCCCACUUCCAAUCCUCAAGCACAAGGCAGCCUCAAGCUCUCCUGAGUCCUUUGUUGCAUCCCGACACACAGCUACACACAUCCCCCGGUCAAGUCAAUCCGCGCGCGCAAACCUCCCCCCCACCUUACCACCUCAAUCACCUAUUUCGACCUUUUGUGUGUCCUCAGCCUUCAAGAUGUCUACUGCCGUUGAAAACACCACCGACAACGUCGCCGCUACCCCCGCCGCCACCGCCCCGGAGGCUACUACCAACGGCACUGCUCCAGCUCCUGCCCAGUCUACGGACGCGGCCGCCGCCAGUGCCGAUGAAGGACGUCGGUUGUACAUUGGGAACCUCGCUUAUGCGACCACUGAGGGGGAGCUCAAGGAGUUCUUCCAGAACUACAAGAUUGAGAGCGUCUCCAUUCCUGUGAACCCCCGUACCAACCGUCCCGUUGGCUAUGCCUUCGUGGACUUGGCCACCGCUCACGAGGCGACCGCUGCUAUUGAGGAGCUGUCUGGAAAGGAGAUCCUUCAGCGCAAGGUCUCCGUGCAGCUCGCCCGCAAGCCUGAGCCUGCCGAGGCCAAGGCUGAGGGUGCCGCAAGUGGCGGUGAGGGCGCCAGCGGUGCUGAAGGUCGCAAGAGAUCUGGUGGUCGUGCCCGUGGCCGUGGCCGUGGCCGCGGUCGUGGUGGCCGCCUGCCCCGUGGAGGACGCUCGCCCCCAGCCCAAGCUGAGCAGGCCCCUACCGAGCCCAUCAACGUCCCUGGUCAGGUCGCCCCCUUGACUGAGGUCACCAACCAGAACGAGACCGUUGCCGCUCCUGAGGCUGGCAAGCAGGCCGGCAAGCCCCGUGUUCCUCGUGCUCAGAAGCAGCGUGGCCCUCCUGAGGAUGGAAUCCCUUCCAAGACUAAGGUUAUGGUGGCCAACCUCCCCUAUGACCUGAGCGAGGACAAGCUCAAGGAGAUCUUCGCCGACUACCAGCCCGUUUCCGCCAAGAUCGCCCUCCGCCCCAUCCCCCGCUUCAUGAUCAAGAAGCUCCAGGCUCGCAACGAGCGCCGCAAGGGUCGUGGCUUUGGCUUCGUCACCCUCGGUUCCGAAGAGCUCCAGGAGAAGGCCGUGAACGAGAUGAACGGCAAGGAAAUUGAGGGCCGCGAGAUUGCUGUCAAGGUUGCCAUCGACAGCCCUGGCAAGGAAGAUGAUGCCGUCCCGGUGACUGAGAAGACUGAGAAGACCGAGGAGGCCACCGAGGCCACCGAGGCUCCAGCUCAGGAGAAUGCUGCUCCGGCGGCUGCUGCUGCUGCUGAGUAAAGGACAAGUUCGUUCCCCACCUGAACGAGUGAUCCCUGAUGGAAUAAUCAGGGAGGGAUCGAGGUGACGACAGAGUCGGGACCCGUCAUCUGGAGGCGGUAUCUAGUCGUGGUCGUUCGUCAGGCGGCCAGUGUUGUCAUUUUUCCAGUCGGGGGUUGGAUAGAUGACAAGACAGCCACCGAAAACGUUCUACUGAAAAAGUUGUGGACGAUUUCAUCCUGAUUGAGUUGGUCUGCGCCGGAGGAGUGGUUUUUUUUUUUU